AAGAGAAGUGAGCAGUCACAGACACUGGCAGCCACCAGGAGUUCAAGCCUCUUUGAUAGCAGGAGGCUGGAAGAAGGGACAGAAGUGGCUCUGGCUAUGAUGGGGCUCUUACUGGGCCUGCUGCUCCUGGGCCACCUAACAGUGGUCACCUAUGGCCUUCCCAUCCUGGAAUCUCCAAAGAGCAUAACAGGGCCCUGGAAAGGGGAUGUGAACAUUCCCUGCACUUAUGGCCCCCUGCAAGGCUAUACCCAAGUCUUGGUGAAGUGGCUGGUGCAACAUGGCUCAGUCCCAGUCACUAUCUUUUUGCGUGACUCCUCUGGAGACCAUAUCUAGCUGGCAAAGUACCGGGACCACCUGCACGUGAACCACGAAGUUCCAGGAGAUGUGUCCCUCCAACUGAAAACCCUGGAGAUGGAUGAUCAAAGCCACUACAUCUGUGAAAUCACUUGGAAGACCCCUGAUGGCAACUCAGUGGUGAGAGAUAAGAACAUUGAGUUUCAUGUCCAGAAACUCUCUGUCUCCAAGCCCACAGUGACGACUGGCAACGGCUAUGGUUUCACAGUGCCCCAGGGGCUGAGGAUUAGCCUUCAAUGCCAGACACAGGGUUCUCCCCCCAUCAGUUAUGUUUGGUACAAGGAACAAACUAACAACCAGGAACCCAUCAAAGUGGCAGCCUUGAGUACCUUACUCUUCAAGCCUGUAGCGGUGUCUGACUCGGGCUUCUAUUUUUGUACUGCCAAGGGCUGGGUUGGCUCUGAGCAAUGCAGUGAACUUGUGAAGUUUGUGGUCAAAGACUCCUCAAAGCCACUCACCACCAAGACUGAGGCAUCUACAGUCAUGCAAACCUCCUUGAAAGAAACAUCCACAAUGAACCCAUCUUAGAGCUGGACCACUGAAGUGAAUAGCUACCUUGGGGAGACCAGUGCUGCAUCAGGAAAAGGCCUGCCGAUCUUUGCCAUCAUCCUCAUCAUCUCCCUGUGCUGUAUGGUGGUUUUCACCAUGGCUUAUAUCAUGCUUUGCCGGAAGAUACCCCAAUGGGAGCACGUCUAUGAAGUGGCCAGGGGUGCAUCCAGGGAGACCAGCAACUCUGGGGAAACGAUGAGGGUGGCCAUCUUUGCAAGUGGUUGCUCCAGUGAAGAGCCAGAUACCCAGGCUCUGAGCAAUGACUAUUCCAGUGAGCCCUGCCUGGGCCAGGAGUACCAGAUCAUUGCCCAGAUCAAUGGUGACUAUGACCACCUGCUGCACACAAUGCUCCCAGAUCAUGAGCUUCUGCCCACCAAAGGCAAGAGUGUCUGCUAAAAAUGCCCCACUAGGCCAGAGUCUGCUGACAUAAUUGUCUAUUCAGCCCCUGUCUUCUGCAUGAUCCCCUUCCCCACUACCUUUCUUCCUGGCUAGCCCAAAGCCUCUGCCCUACCAACAUUAGAGCCCUUGUAAGUAGCUGGCUUUGCCCAAGAAGUUUCCAUAUUCACUUCCAGCAAGCCAGCUUCUGGGUCAAGCCUUAGUUCCUUCUGGCAUCCCUGACUAGAACAUCUGUGGCUUGUCUCCCUCCUCCUCUCCAUGGCUUCUGUCAAGAUACCAGAGGGAAAUGCCUAUAGUACCAGGACUUGUUCAUCAUGCUUCCAGGUACCACUCAGCUUCAGCAUCUUGACACCAGAAGACCAGAGGGAGGCUCAACUCUUUCAAAUCAGUGGAUCAACUGUAUCCAGGAACACUUCCCUUUCUCCAGGUCCACGCAGAAAUCUUAAUUGAGAUUGUCAGGUCACAAGUCAGAGGUCAUUUCUGCUUCUGCACCAUGGGUCUAGUGCCCUGGUAUUCUUUUGGUGCUCAAUAAAUAUCUAAUCAUGAUAGCAA